AUGUCAAUGUGCAAGAGUGCGAGUGCGAGGGAUGACAGUGAUCAGCAAGCGCAAGCGUCGAGAACGAGUGCGAGCGGUGUGGCAAUGGAGCGGUCCGGAACCGGGCGUGCAACAACCGGCGGAAAAGAAGAGCAUACCCGCAUCACGAGAAGGAAAAACGAGCUAGAAAAUUGCAGAGAAGAAAUAGAGUGCUCAGCGAAGAGGGAGGUGGAAGAGGGCAUGGAAGAGGGAGUGCAUGAAUCGGAAAGGAUGCAUGAAUCGGAAGGGCUGACUGUUUAUAAAGAUGAGAAAGAAGCAUAUGAAUGUUUUUGCACUUAUGCCCAUGAUAAUGGCUUUAGCGUCCAAAAGGAUCAUCACAGUUUUUGGCCAAAUUCUAGGAAGAUAAAAUCGAAAGACUUUGUUUGUUCAAAAGCAGGUUUCAAGAAAAGUAUUGAUCUUAAUUCAAGAAAGAGAUUCACUAGACCAUAUGUCAGAACUGGUUGUCCAUCCAUGGUGAGGUUUGUCACAGAUGAAGAUGGUUACUAG